AUGUCCCUCAAUAUUCUUGUUGUUGGUAAUGGUGGUAGAGAACAUGCUAUAGUAUGGAGAUUGUUGCAAUCGCCUACUGUCAACCAUAUAUACGUUGCACCAGGCAAUGGAGGCACGACGUCAUCUCCAUCGUCAAAAUUCACCAAUGUGCCUCUUGGCUCAUCCCCGCUGGAUUUCGACAAGUUGCAGAAGUUUGCCCUUGAGAAAAAAAUCAAUUUGGUUGUGCCUGGUCCCGAGCAACCUUUGGUUGAUGGAAUAACCUCGAUCUUCACCAGCGUUGGUAUUCCCGUGUUUGGACCCAGCGCCAAAGCGGCAGUUAUGGAAGGCUCAAAGGCCUUUUCCAAGGACUUUAUGAAAAAGCACAAGAUCCCCACUGCCCAAUAUGCAAAUUUCACCAGUUUUGAAGAAGCAAAGAAACACAUUGAACAAGUUGAUUACAAGAUUGUUUUGAAAGCCGAUGGGAUUGCCGCAGGUAAAGGUGUUUUGAUCCCCGAGACUAAAGAAGAGGCUCUUGAAGGUUUGAACAAAAUCAUGGUUGAUAAGAAUUUUGGAGAUGCCGGAAACGAAAUUGUUAUUGAAGAGUUUCUCGAAGGUGACGAAUUGAGUAUCUUGACAAUCACGGAUGGCUACUCUUUUUACAACUUGCCCGCUGCUCAAGACCACAAGAGGAUUGGAGAUGGUGACAAGGGACUCAACACUGGUGGCAUGGGCGCUUAUGCACCAGCCCCCAUUGCCACAAAAGACAUUCUCGCCAAGAUUGACCAGGAAAUCAUCAAGCCAACCAUCGAUGGUAUGAGAAAAGAUGGCUUCCCCAUGACUGGUAUUCUCUUUACGGGGAUAAUGUUGACCCCGUCGAAGCAACCAAAAGUGUUGGAAUACAAUGUCAGAUUCGGCGACCCUGAAACGCAAACUGUGUUGCCCUUGUUAACUGAAGAAACCGAUUUGGCUCAAGUGAUGCUUGCUGCUGCUGAACAUAGAUUGGACUCGGUGGAGAUAGCCACCAAACCUUUGUUUUCCACAACGGUGGUCAUGUCAGCGGGCGGAUACCCUGAAUCGUAUGGCAAGGGCGAUGAAAUCACCAUCAAGGAACCGUUGCCUAGUGACACUUUUAUCUUCCAUGCGGGCACGAGCGAGAAAGAUGGUAAAAUUGUUACAAGUGGAGGCAGAGUCAUUGCAGCCACUGCCAUUGCUACUACAUUGAGAGAGUCAGUCGAUAAAGCAUACGUUGGAGUCGACCACGUUUCCUUCAACAAGAAAUACAACAGAAAAGAUAUUGCCCAUCGAGCAUUCCGUGAUGCUGAUGAGUACCUCAAGCAGCAGCAGCAGAACAGUAAUACUAAUCAGCAACAGGGUGUCACUUAUGCCGACGCCGGUGUUUCUGUCGAUAAUGGUAAUUUGUUGGUGCAAACCAUCAAGGCGAAAGUCAAGUCCACGUCGAGGGCCGGUGCCGAUUCCGAUAUCGGUGGAUUUGGAGGCUUGUUUGACUUGAAAGCCGCUGGUUACGACACGGCGGAAACUUUGUUGGUUGCCGCUACUGAUGGGGUGGGCACCAAGUUGAGAAUUGCCCAAAUCAUGAACAUCCACAACACGGUGGGUAUUGACUUAGUUGCCAUGAAUGUCAAUGACUUGGUUGUUCAAGGUGCUGAGCCUUUAAUGUUCCUCGACUAUUUUGCCACGGGCAAGUUGGAUGUUGAAAUUGCUGCUCAGUUUGUUGAGGGUGUAGCCGAUGGGUGCAUUCAAGCCGGGUGUGCAUUAGUUGGUGGGGAAACUUCGGAGAUGCCGGGAAUGUACGAAGAGGGCCACUAUGACACCAAUGGUACUGCUGUUGGUGCCGUCAACAAGGACAAGAUCUUGCCCAAAAUACUGGAGAUGAAGGCAGGCAAUGUUCUUAUUGGAUUGAGAUCAGACGGCAUCCACUCCAAUGGCUUUUCACUAGUGCGCAAGAUCAUUGAGAUUAGCAAAUUCGAGUACACAUCACCUGCGCCCUGGAACACAAGCAAGACCAUUGGUGAAGAGGUCUUGGUGCCAACCAAAAUAUAUGUCAAACAAUUACUACCAAGCAUACAACAGGAUCUUCUUCUCGGGUUGGCCCACAUCACGGGCGGCGGGUUAGUCGAAAACAUCCCCAGAGCAAUACCAAAGAAUCUACAAGCCCAAGUUGACAUCAGCAAAUGGCAAGUACCGGAAAUUUUCAAAUGGUUCGGCAAACAGGGCAAUGUUCCAUACCACGACAUCUUGAAGACGUUCAACUUGGGUAUCGGAAUGGUUUUGAUUGUCGAGAAGAGCAAUGUCGAUCAGGUCUUGCAAACUUUAGACAAGGCAGGCGAAAAAGAUGCUCUAGUUAUCGGAGAGUUGGUCGAGAGGAAACAAGGCGAAGAAGGAUGUACUGUAAGUAACAUUGACGGUUUAUACUAA